AUGCCGCAGCAGGCCUCGGCCAAGUCAUUCUCCUUUGUCAACUAUGAUGGGCCAAACCUCGCCACUGAUGCGCAGGUCCGGCGUCGCAUCCGACAGCAGGCAAUGAAAGACACCGCCAUAGCCCGGAGGCAGAGGGGAGAUUACGGCAAGCACAACAUGAGGCAGUAUCCAUUGUUCAUGGGGCCCAAGCCGUUGCGUGACGAUUCAGAGGCUGAUCACGAUGUUUCAAAUCCGGAUGAAUGGAAGCGCUCUUACCAACCUCCCUCCCUCUCCAUGCCCUUUGCCUUCCAAGACCCGAUGAUGCCCAAGCAAUUCUCUGUACUUCUUGAUCUCAUGCCGCUAACCGGCCUCCGUCUUGGUGUCGGCACCCUAUCACAUUACUUAUACGAGUCAACAGAGCCCAAAGAUCGUAUCAUCACAGCACAAGCCUCAAGCCAGAGGCUCUUGUCAUUUAUUCCGAGCCGAUAUGGUCACGUAUCACUGCUCCGUCACGCAACCGACUGUGUUAUUGCAAAGCUUCAGUAUCAAUCGCAGCGAGUGGAGGAUAGAUCACCCAAAGGCGAUGUGAAGGCGCUGAUGCACUAUCAUAAAGCACUUAAAGCGCUGCAGCAGGCUUUGCUCGAUGAGCGCGAGUGGGCGAAACCAGAAACUCUAUGUGCUACACAAUUGCUAGGGAUUUUCGAGGCUCUUAAUGGAGAAGAUAUGGAGGAUUCUUGGAUGCACCAUGUUGGCGGUGCGGCUCGACUUGUAGAGGCCCGAGGCGCCCACAUGUUCCAGUCGGAAUUCGAAAAGGCCCUAUUCCUGGCACAUAUUGGACCAACAGUAAUGUCAGCAUUCUUAAAUAACACACCUUGCUUUCUGGAACAGCCCCAGUGGCAAGCUGUCAUUCGAGAGGCUGUUAACGAGGAGACGACUCUUACGAAUGAUAAAGAAUUUGCGCUUGCGCUAUGGGGUGGCCUUAUUGAGAUGCCAAGGUUGUUCAAACGAACAACAGAAUUGCUGCUUUCGCCGUGUCCGCCUCCGCAGAAAGAGAUCGACGACCUCACAGAACGCCUGUUGGCAAAACGCAAAAAUCUUGUGAUAUGGCUAUCGAUGAUAAGGAAGCAUCCCAUUGUCAAAACAGGAGGCCUUGGUGAAGAUGAAUACGGAGUUCUCGUCUUUCCUAGCGACUUUAACUAUAGGGAGUUAGGCCCCUGGUGUCUAACGCGUCUAGCUUUGCGAGGAACAUAUGCAGUCUGCCGAAUGGUCAAAUCACGGCUCUUGUAUGCCGUUUCUCCAGCAAAGUUCCAUGACCUGGAAGUUGAGGCUCAGGACAUAGCCCAUAGAAUUCUCAGUCUGAAGGAAGGGAUGGCCUCUUUCAAAGAUUCAGCAUUAGUAUGGAAUCAGUUCAUGGCUCAAGGCAGCUGGAUAGCUAAGGGUAUAAUUGAAACGAAAGAUGCAUGGGGUAAGGAAGGCGAGGGACACGAGGGCAUGCUUAGCAAGUCCAAGUUUGAGAAAUGGAACAAAGUAAUUGGAAGGAAGAUAUCUUAA